ACAAAUAUUUUAUGUAACGACGAAAUAAAGUCGUAAAUUUUUUACAGAAAGAAAUCAAUUUACUAUCUCCAAUGGAACUUGAAAUCAAAUGUAUUGCAUUUUGUUUAUUUUCGUGAAGUAUAAAUUAUUCGAAUCCCGUGUUGCUAUUUUUUUGAAGGUCCUGAAAAAAUCGUUAGGAUAGGACAAAGCCAUUUACAUUAUCAAAACAUUCGUUACUUGGUUACAAUUAUCCUAUCACAAUCGAUGUUUACCAAGUAACCAACCCUUUGGUGUAUUAUUAAAAACUUGAGUUACGAAAGUGCGUAUAGUUAUUUUUGUAGUGAAAAUGUCCUCACAUAUGGGGACGAAUUUUUUAAAUUCCUGCAUUAAGGUUCCCAUUGAUCCGUGCAACAACUGUCCAGCUCCGAUUUACAAUCGUCCAAAAGUUUUUCUCAGUCGAAAUUCAACAACUCCAAGCACAUUUCUGACAUCAAAUAAAACAACAGAUUUUGACUUGGAUUCAGAUGCUAUUUAUGCUUCUAAUGGAAUGCGUUCGUUAGCGACCUUCUAUGAUAGUAUACCAGAUUAUUGUGAAAUAAACCAUUUACCAGAAAACGAGUUCUAUUCGACAUUAGAAAGACUAAAAAUGACUUAUAGUCAUUUAAAAUCUAAGCCAAGUUUUCCUGUUUGUUUGCUUAAUGAAAACAGUACCCCCUUGGGUUCUGAAAUCACCAAACGUAUCAAACCAAAAGCUGCUGCUUCCUCAAACAGCGUCACGAAGAAAACACCUUCAAAGAAAGGUUCUGCAAAAAGAGAAGAAAGAAAUUCAUCUGCUUAUAUCCCGUCCAAAACUUCAUAUAAGGACUUUUGCGAGAAAAUGAAAAUUUAUGAUGACAAAAAAUCAGCUAGCCCAACCAAACGAUCUUCUUCACUCUAUAAAUCCCUUUCAAUGCACCAUUUAAGAGAGGAUGAUCAACCGCAGCAAAUAUUAAAUUAUGUUAAAGCAACGACAACCGAAUCUGAAGAAGAAAAACCAAUAAGACCAAGUUCCUCCACCACUCUACGAAUUAAAGAACAAUUAAGAAAGUCAUUUUCAUUUAAUGAUCUUAAUACAAAAUAUUGGGAGGAAAGGCCAUCAACGGAAUUGAAUAAUGUUUUAAACCGGUCUCCAGGAACUAGUAGAGAUUAUGUGCCAAAUAUUAAUGUACAGCCUCCAAGCCCUCAAAACCUAAGUGACAAUAAAAAUGAAUCCACAAAAGGAACUCAUCGUCGAAGUGCAACAGGAAAAAAGAAAUCUGGCAAACGUCAAUCAGAGUCUGUCAAAGUUCCGUUUUCUUUCUUGGGAAUUAAUGAGUGCUCGAUCAGGGAAAAGACACCAUCAGUUUCUCCAAUUCACCCCGUUGCAAGGCCUAAUUUAGCAGCUACUCUUAGGCUACAAGUCUCUAAGAAAAAAGUAAAAGAACUAAAAAACAAUUGUACCUUUAAUGACCACAGACCUCAGGUAGACUGGGAAGUAAGAAAAACUCCAGCAUGGAAGUCCUUAAGCCAUAAUGAAUCACAUAAGGAGAUAUUAGCUCUUCGUUUAGCCACUCGAAAAGCCGAGCAAGAACACCAAAAACGUCAAUACGAAAUGCAUAUGGAAAUAAUGAGACAACGAGUCAAAUCAGCUCCUUUGCUUCUUGAAGGUUCAACGUUUUGGGGACCACAUGUUGGAAAGCUUUCACACUCAUGUCAUAAGGAUAAUUUAAAACACAACUGUCAACACGGUGCAAACUCCCAGAAACAAAAAAAGAAAUUUAACAAGACAAAUUCCAGAAAAUAUAUUUCAAAUAUAUCGUACUCAAGAAAUUCGAAUCACAGUACAAACUUGCAAGAAAGUGAUGAGCUCUCAAGUUUAGACAGAGCUUAUUUGUAGAAUUUAUUUUAAAUUAGCAAAGUUCAAAAGUUACAAUGCGGUUCAUAUUUAAAAACACACUUUAAAAAACGUAAUUUUCUUUUUUCGUUUUUACACUUAAAAAAUAAUAAUAAGGAAUAAAAUGUUUAAAAUUACAAAUUAAUUUCAAAACCGUGGAAAGA